UCAAUUUCCUGCAACCUUUUGUAACUUUGACCAAGCAAAAGCUCCUCCAGACUCUCUCCCAGCAGGUAAUCCCUCCUCCUCCUUCAUCCUACGUCUUCGAUUCCGCUCGGAAUUCGUUUCCCUCUUUCGUCAACGCGUUUGCGAUUUGAUUUCAGGAGAUUGAAUUUGGUAGAGUGUGAUAGCUAGAAGAUAAGACACUGCACGGUCUUAUCAGCUAACUGAAUUUGGUUUUUAGAAAUAGAUUGUAGUUGCAUAUUUGUCAUAGUGGUGAUCUUAAAGGUGACUUCAGAACAAUUACGGCGUCCUGCUAUUUGCUAGACUUUGAUUUAUAGACAGAGGAGAAGGGUUAAUUAUAAGAUUGCAAAAUCUUGGAAUCAUGCCGGUAUCGGGAAAUGAAGAGACUGGGGUUAAACCCGUCACCCAGAAAUCUAGUGAUUAUAGUGCAGGUGUUCCUAUCAAGAAAAGAAGGUUUUUCAUGAGUCCUCCUUCACCACCGCCUGAAGAACCAAUUUUGUUUCCAAUAGAAGAACCAUCUUUGUUUCCAGAAAAAAUUGACUCAGUACUGAAGGAACAAUCUAGCCCAACUCGGGGGUCGACUCCUUCAUUUGUUAGUAUCACCAGUUCUGGACUUUCUGAUGCCAAAAAGAUUCCUGAAUCAGAUUAUAGAAGAGGAAACUCUGACAUUGCAAAUGUUAGUGUGGCCCAAGGAAAUGAUAAUAUGUUUAGAGUCAAACUCGAAGAACCUAUCCCCGGAAUUCACUCAAGUGCUUUGGAUGACAUGCGGAGGAAAGGGAAGCUUGUCUUGUCUGAUAAUCCUGCACCUGAGGUGACUUUAAGGAAAAGUGAAUUGACUUUAGCACCAAAUGAAGCUCUUGCAGCUACUGUAGGGAAGGAGAUUUUGCAUAGCCGAAGUAAAGUAGAAGUGAAGUGUAAAGAAGAAAUGCCUGCUGUUGCUGAGGGAACUGAAUUGUCAUUAGGUUUAAAGGAACAUCUUUCUCCAGCUUUGACAGGACCGGUUAUUGGUGGUGACAGGAGUUACCGGAAUCAGGAUAACUUGGAGCCUAUGUCACUGAAUUUGUCUUUAAGUGAAGAAAAAACCAGCAGCCAAUGUGAAAGAAGUGGUAAAGGUUUGAGUUCCCUUGGUGCUGAUAUGAGUGAAUGUCGAGCAAACUGGGAUUUGAAUACACCAAUGGAUGCAUGGACAGAUACUGUUAUUGAUUCUUCCAUAUCCAUUGAUGGGAGUAACGCAACUGGUGGGCUGGAUUGCAAAACUGGGUUGGUUGGAGCUGGUGUUAACAAAGAAAAACUGUCCAUUGUUGAGAGCCAGAACAGAGCUAAUGAGACCAACUCAUCCACACUUGCUAACCAGUACAAGUCCAACGGCUCCCUUCUUUUGGGCCUUAGUUCACUUUUCUUGCAGUCAAACCAGUGUCAAAACCCUUCUAGUUCAUCCAGUAAACUGGAUUUACAUAGGGUGAUAUCUGCUAUAAACUCACCUAGAUUGUCUGGGCCUAUUAGAAAUUUGAACUUGGGUAAUUGUAAAACUGUGAAAUCAGAACCGUUUGAUGAGGGUGUCAAGCUGAAUGUUAACGUAUCUAAACCCAGUAACACAGGACUAGUAGAUUGUAGUAGAGCAGUGAAGUGUGGAGUCGUUGAGCAGGGGAAUCUUGGAGCUGUUAAGUCUUCAAAUACGAGCACCCAAAAAUCAGUUGAUCCUAGACCCAUAAAAUCUGAACCAACUCUUGUGGAUACUCGAGAAACCAUCAAGUCAAUUGAAGGAACAUCAGUCCAACUGGAUAAACAUUUGAUCCAAGGUGCGGAUAAUCAUUCUGGUGACAUGAUGUUGCCUAUGACUUCAGAGAUGUCUUGCCGUGAUGGAAAGACAGAUUUGACUAUGAGCAGGGAUGUGACAAAGCAUUCAGGAAACGUUAAUGCAUAUGCGCCUAUGGAAGCUUGUCAAAGCAAAGAUCAGGUUGCUGUAUCUCAGGGUCUUGAUACCAAGGGAAACAAUACGAGAACAGACGAUGGUAAUAUUGACCGUGAGAGUUGUAAAUUGAAGUGUAUGAAUGAUCUGUUACUUGGUUCACGGGGAAGUGGUGAGGGUUGCGCCAGUGAUGAGGAAAAGAUUAAUAUAUCUGCAGAUAUGCUGGAAGAUUCUUAUGGUUCUGAUUGUGAAUCAGAUGGUGCUCGUGCUUCAGAAACAGCUAUGGAUACUGAACAAGAUGGUAAGGGUAAUGAUUAUGAAGAUGGCGAGGUCCAAGAGUCAGUUGAGCUUACUGCCGUAGAAGAACCAAUAUGUAAGGCAAGAGAAGUGGAACAUGACGAUAAUGACGAUUUAGAUAAUAAAAGGACGGAGUUUGUGGGACCUAUUAACAAUAUUCAUCUUACUUCAUUCUAUAAUGAAGCAAAAGACAACAAAGAUAAUCUUGCUGAAACAAGUAAUAAUAAUUAUACAGAAUCUUUUGAUGUAGUUCUUAAUGAUAAAUCUGAUAAGGGCUCUGACGAAGAUAUGUGUUUGCAAGAACCAUUAGCUGUUGAAAAUCUAACCAGCGGAGCUGGUGUUGAAGGGUCCACAGAACCUGAUGACCAAUCGGGGAAGAUGGAUGCCCAGAAAUGUCAGGAUGCAGAGUUCUCCGAGCAAGUCACUAAUGGAAGCCAAGGAACUGUAGUGGAUAUUGGUCAGUGUGUAAAGCUGAAAGUAAAUAACACUGACCUGGCACCAAUGAGUGACUCAAAUUUGCCCAAAACAUCUGGUAGUGGUGAUAAUGCUGCGAAGGAUACCAGUUAUGGAGGACAACGGAGCCGGAUAAUAACUUUGCCUCGAUCUUCAACUGUUUCUCCGAGUAAAUCGAGAUCUAUUUCAGGACAGCCUUUGCCAUCAAGAGUUGGAAAAGAAAUAUUACCUGAUACAGCAACGGAGGAAGAUAAUAUACAUUCUCGAGGGAGAGUUGAACCAUAUGUUGACAGAAACCCUGGAUUUUCAAGGGAGCGAUACCAAGAUCAGUCACUGAGAUAUUAUAGAUUGGCUCCUAGACGUGGUAGAGGGAGGAUGAAUAGUCGCGGUGAUUGGGGUUCUGAUCGUAACUAUGCUUCGGAGCUUUAUAAUAAUCAAACAAACUAUCGUGUCCCCAGGCAUAAAUAUGCCCUUGAUGUUUCUGAUGCUGACCUUGAAUAUAAUACUUACAAUAUGGCUUCAGAGAGUGCAUUUGCUGGUACAGGUCGUGGAGGAAGGAAUCUUUCAAAUGAUGGACCACUUAACUACCAUAUACCCUCAAGGAGGCGGUCUCCUAUUGGAGCACACAUGCCUCGCCAAAAUCCAAGAAAUAUUAGCCCAACCAGAUGCAUGGGUGAAGAUGCUCCAAAUUUGGUUGGAAUGAGGCAUAACGAGAAGUUUAUGAGGGGUUUCCCUAAUGAUAUUGCAAACCCCAUGUUCACUCGUACCCAACCUUCAUAUGACAGAUUAGAUGGUCAAUUUGGACGAGGAAAUCGGAACUUUUCUUUUGUACAGAGGAGAGGGAUUCCUAGAGUUCGGUCAAAAUCGCCAAUAAGGUCCAGGACUCGCUCUCCUGGGCCAUGGCCGUCUCCUAGAAGAAGAUCCCCAGAUGGGUUUGCUGGUCCUAGAGAACUAACUCAUCGAAGGUCUCCACCAGUUUACAGGAUGGGGAGGUUUAGAUCCCCUGAUGGCCCAUGUUUUCCUGGAGAGAUGGUGAUUAGGAGGAAUCCGCCAAAUGAUUUGAGGAAUAUGGAUUCUGGAAGAGACCAUGGUCCUUCAAGAUCUGCUAUUCCUAAUAGAAGUCCUUCUGGUCGGAAUUUAGUCAGAAACAGGAGAUUUGACGUCAUAGAUCCUCGAGAGAGGCUAAAUAAUGACGAUUACUUUGGUGGCCCCAUGCAUUCUGGUCGUUUGCAUGAGCUUGGUGGUGAUGGAAAUGGUGAUGAGAGAAGAAGAUUUGGUGAGAGACGUGGACCUAUCCGUUCAUUCAGACCUUAUAAUGGUGCUGAUGGUGAGACAUUUCAUCUUAAUGGAGAGGAUGGACCUAGGCCUUUGAGGUUCUUCCCAGAUGAUAGUACCGAGUUUCAAGAAAGAGGCAAUUUGAGGGGAAGGGACUUUGACAGAAGGAUUAAGAAUCGGCCAGGAAAUGCACCUAGAAGAAUAAGAGGGUUCGAGGACCAAGAAGGUAAUUACAAACACGUUGAGCAGCCUUGGCAUGAUGGUGGGUUUGAUGAUACGUCACAAGUGAAGAGAAAAGGAUUUUGAAUUUGCUUCUACCUUGACCUUGAAUUCGGGAUUGGUUGUUCAUGUCUGGCGCAUGACUCUAUUGGCUCAAAGCACAAAGCAAGGGGCCAUUCUGUUGUUUACAUGUGAUGUUCUGAGGGCCUUCUCCAGUUCCAAAGCUUUGCUUACGAUUCCAUGGUUUCUGAACAGGAUGCAGUACAACCUUGCUUAACUGUCUCCUAUGUAAAUAGUUUGCAUCUGGUAUUAUGGUGGUUAGUUCCUCACGAUGCUCGUAUUACAGUACUUAUGGGCUUUAUAUGUAGUGCCUGAAUUUCAUUGGCAAGUUUUGUACUUGUCAUUGGUCUUGGUUGCACAUCAUAUCUCGUAGAGUCAUUCUCAUGGAGUUAGCCAUUGAAAUGCUUAUACGAAGAUUCUCCUUAGUUUAUGAGUUAUGUUUCUGCAUUGGUUUUUAUGCAUGGUGAGGUGACCGAGGGCAGGUAUCCUACAAGGAAAUGGCAUCACUUUAAACUAGUAUAUAGGCCACGAAGCUCCAGUUGUAACUGUGUGCCCUGUUACUUUCUUCACGUCCAUCUUCCUGUUGCAGAAUGAGAAGACUGUCAAUACAGUUUGUUCUUCGGUCCUGAAAAUUUCCAUCGAUCCUGGUUAAGUGAGCAAUUGCCAGAGAAGCUGAUCUUGUAGAUGCUUUCAGUAUAGAGCAUCUUAUUGUUUGGAGGUUGUGUUGAAUAAUGAUGUGCAGACAUGCUGCAAACUGAUGUGAAGGAGAGGCACUACUACCUGUAUGUGAAAAAUGGCACGGGCUAUGCCUGCAAGUUCUGGAUCGGCUUCCUAGCUUACUAGCACUAAAGUUGACAGGUGAAUAAUGCUGUGUUGGAAGAUUAAUAUCUGUUGAUGUGUUUGUUAUUUUCUUGAAAUGGUAUCAUGCAAUGCGUAUGAGAAGCCUUUUUGCGCUUCUUGUGCGCAGUUAAAUGUGUGGUGCGUUGCUGGUUUUACAUUAUAAAUGAUGAAUAUCCUGACCGGAAUCAGCUACAAAUUGGGAAAUGUUGGGUACAUAAUCGGUUACGUGAUGAAGACAGUUCUCCCCUGGAAUUUAGGGCAAUGAGAUUUCUCAAAACAUGAAAAUGUGGUUAGUUUUUGAGUCAAACUUUGAUGAAGGUGUUGGGAAGUCUUAGAACUAGUGAUUGAUGAAAGAACCGAAAUCUUGUUUUCGGUGGGGAUAUUGGAGGUACUGAGGUAGAAUUUCUUUGUAUGCGUUUCAUGUGCUACUUACCUUCCUCAUUUGAUCACCGGCGAGGUUGAAGUUUGGAUCCAGUUUCCGGCAAAACUUGCCGGUCGGAACUGCCUCCUGCAUCCAAAUGUAACCAUAAAAAUCUAUAUUGAUGAGAGGUAAAAGUUUCAGAGAUGAAUAAGGUGGUAAAGUG